CUAGGCGGAGGAAAAUAUCAGACCCGCCAAUCCCCAUUGAGUGAAUUUCCGGAGGUGAAGGGGGGUGGAGGAAUAAAGCAUCAACAAAAAGCAUCCUCUAAGCUCUCUCAAGUUCAUUCUUCUCUCGUCCGAGUCUCGAGGGGUUGAUCAGAGGGAAGAAGCAAUGGCCUCAACUACCACUUCCACCCCACUUUCUCUCUCCGCUUCUUCCACCCUCAUCGAAGCCAAGGCUUCUCGCCAGCCAUCAAAUCCGGCAUCCCAAUGUGUGACCUUACCCGCACUGGCUCCGCCUCUUCAGUCUCAAUGUCGCGCUGCAAAGACAACUGCCUAUUGCAGAAAGAUUGCCCGGAAUGUUGUGGCUAUGGCUACCGGAGAGGCACCAUCUGAGGUUGCAGCCACUGAGCUUCCGGAAAUUGUCAAAACAAUCCAAGAAGCUUGGGACAAGGUUGAAGACAAGUAUGCUGUCAGUUCUCUGGCGUUAGCUCUCCUUGUUGCGCUUUGCGGAUCCACUGGAUUGGUUUCGGCAAUUGACAGGCUUCCAUUGAUUCCCGGUGUACUUGAGCUUGUGGGCAUCGGUUACACUACUUAUUUCGUGUACAAAAACCUCGUUUUUAAGCCAGACAGGGAAGCCCUGGUUAAAAAGAUCAAAGACACCUACGAGGACAUAAUUGGGACCAGCUGAAAGUACACUGGAGUAGAAAGAUGCUAAUGGAGGGGUUUAUUCAGACUCCAUUGAUCUUCUCUUUUAUCUUGCUGUAUAUUGUAAUCCUUCCUCUUUUUGUUACUCUGAAAUUUUUAAACCCAUUUAGCUCUGUAAGUGAACAUAAUCUUUCUUUUUCUGUUAGCACAUCUAACCUUGAGUCAAAAUGAUUUUAAUGGGCUACA